CAUCUCAAUCAUACUCUUGGGUCACCACAUCAGCCCACCAUGGCAAAUCGAACCGAAGAGAAGGAUCUCACCAUCAAUUAUCUCGAGCAAGUCGAGACUGCUGACGAUGCAGCAUCUGACAAGAUCAACGAUGCACGCAUUGAAGCCUUCACACCAGAGGAGCAGAAGAAGAUCAUCUGGAGAAUCGACCGUCGUUUGGUCUUGACUCUUGGUUUCCUCUACUGUGUCAGUCUGAUGGACCGUACCAACACUGGUAUUGCUGUUGUUGCGGGCAUGGGUGUCGACCUUCUUCUCAUCAAGGACCGCUACUCAAUCAUCGUUCUUGUCUUCUUUAUUCCUUAUAUUUUCUUCCAACCCCCGGCAACUGUCAUCCUUCGCAAGGUUGGCCCCCGCGCCUUUNUGCCUACCAUAACCCUUUUCUGGGGCAUCACCAUGAUUGGAAUGGCUUUUGUCAAGACCUGGACGACACUGAUUCCUCUUCGCAUUCUGUUGGGUAUCUUCGAGGCUGGUUUCUUCCCCGGCUGUGCGUACCUCUUGUCGACUUGGUAUCCCAGAUACAUGCUUCAGAAGCGCAAUGCCGUCUUCUAUCUGAUUGGCUCUCUCUCAUCUGCCUUCUCUGGUAUUCUUGCCUAUGGAUUCAGUCAGAUGGCCGGCUUGGGAUCUGGAGAUGGCCUUGGUGCUCACUACGGACCCGACAAGCUUCAUCCCACUCGUCCCAAGGGUAUUGCACCUGGUCUCGCAGGCUGGCGCUGGAUCUUCAUCAUGCAGCUUCAGANNGGUAUCAUCACCUGUAUCCUCGCCAUCGGUGCCUACUUCACCAUUGUCAACUUCCCCGAGAAGGCUGCUCACGUCUCUUUCGGACCCAAAUUCUUGACUCAGAAGGAGGUAGACUUUGUCGUCGCAACUAUCGAGAAGGAUCGUCAUGAUGCCACGCUCGAAGAGUUCAAAGUCGGCCAAUAUCUCAAGUGCGCCGCCGAUCUCAAAGUUUGGGCCUUUGCAGCCCUCUUCGGCCUCUCUACCACAGUGACCUAUGCAAUUGCCUACUUCCUUCCUAUCAUUCUAGAAGUGGGCAUGGGAUUCAACAAGAGAGAUGCACAAUGCCUGAUUGCCCCUCCUUACGUCCUUGCGGCCAUAGUGACUUUUGGCUUUGCUUGGUUUGCCGACAAGUACCGCAUUCGCUCCNCCUUCAUCAUCGCCAAUGCCUGCCUCAUGAUCAUUGGUCUGUCCUGCCUGGGUUUCGCAAAGUCCGUCGCCGUCCGCUACUUCGGUGUCUUCCUCGCUACUGCUGGCUGUAAUGCCAACGUUCCUGCUGUUUUGACCUGGCAAGCCAACAACAUCCGCGGACAGUGGAAACGCGCACUCACCUCUGCCACCCUUGUCGGUGCCGGUGGAAUUGGAGGCAUUAUAGGUAGUACGGUGUUUAGAAAACAGGACCAAGCGACAGGAUACAAGCCUGGUAUGUACGCCACCCUUGGUGCUAGCGUGUUGAUUAUCCUCAUCUCUUUGUUGCUGGACGUCAAAUUCCACCGCGCCAACAAGAGAGCUGCUUCCGGCGGCAAGAUCAUUGAGGGCCUGCAUGGAUUCAGAUAUACUCUGUAG